AUGCAGGCUAGAAUAGAGUCUGUUCGAGACUUUGUCAAACGCAAUCAAGGCUUGCUGCUCAUUGCUCUGUCGCAAUUCUUCUUUUCCUCGAUGAAUGUGUGGGCCAAGCUACUGACAGACGUCAAGCCGCCUGCAGUUCCAGUCUCGACAUUUCAACUCAUCUUUGUACGCAUGAGCCUGACUUAUGUUUGCGCAGUCAUCUACAUGGUGACGCAAAAAGUGGACGACUGGUUCCUCGGGCCAAAGGAGGUCCGAGGCUUGUUGGUCCUUCGAAGUUGUGUCGGCUUUCUUGGCUUGUUUUCCAUCUAUUUUUCGCUCAGAUACUUGCCCUUGUCUGAUGCGACUGUACUGACCUUUCUUGUUCCUUGUUGUACACUCGUCAUGGGCUUCUUCUUUCUAGGCGAGGGCUUUUCUAAGAAGGAAGCGGUAGCUGGCCUGAUUGCCCUCGGCGGCGUUGUGUUUAUUGCCCGGCCAGUAGACCUCUUUGGCGGUUCAUCACAUGAUGUCGAAGGAGAAACAACCAAUGCUCAACGGCUAACGGCUGUUGGUGUCUCACUCCUCGGGGUCCUUGGCGCAUCGGCUGCCUAUGUCACAAUCAGGCGCAUUGGCAAGCGCGCACAUGCGCUCAUUUCAGUGUCCAUGUUCUCGCUUUGUUCAUGUCUUAUUAGUCUGAUUGGACUGAUUGUGACGAGACAAGCGGUUGUCGUACCAAAAGGCAAAGGAAUGCUCUACCUCUUGUUGAUGGGCUUGGCUGGCUUUGUAGCGCAGUUCCUACUGACGAUGGGGCUGCAGCGAGAAAAGGCAGGACGUGGAUCCAGCGCAUUAUACCUGCAGCUGUUGUUUGCUGUGGUUUGGGAAAAGGUCAUCUUUGACACAACGCCGGACAUUUGGAGCGGCAUUGGCAUAUUGCUGAUUUUGGCGAGUACGCUCUAUGUCGCCCUGUCUACCCAGGCCAAAGUGGUUGUUCCUGAAUCGUCACCUGAGGAGCAGGUGCUGAGAAGAGAUUCAAGCAGCAGUAGCCAGGGUACGAUUGUUAGCAGCGAGGGUGAGUUGGCUGAGGGACGGAGAAGGGAAGAAGCCAUCUGA